AUGCGCAAGCUGCGGGCGGGGUGGCACAACCUGCGCGGCCUCCAGGGCUGGCAGCCCAGCGACAACGCCCACCCGUGCCGCUGGGUCCAUGUCGAGUGCGAUGCGCUGCAGCGGAUCACACGCAUAGCCGUGUCUGUGGAAUCGGCGGCCGAGGCGCGCAAGAGUGCAGAGUGGCUGCAGACGCUGCUGAACCCCAGCCAGGGCGCCAGCGGCGCCAACAGCAGCGGCAGCGCCCGCAGCCAGGCCCCGGCGCCGCCGCACGCCGGCGCGGCGCUGCUGCCAGAGCUGGCCCAGCUGCAGUGGCUUGAGGAGCUCCAGCUUCAGUCGUACCACGGCCGGCUGACGGGAGGCAUCCCUGCCGAGUGGCUGGCGCCCGGCGCCUUCCCCCGCCUGAAAAAGCUGGGCCUGGAGUUCCUCAAUAUGGGUGCAGGCCUGCCCGAUGUGCCCCCCGGCGUCCUGCCCCGGCUGGAGGAGCUCCGCCUCGACUUCCGAGAGCUGUCCCCCUCCACCCUGCCCGCCAGCUGGGGCGCCGACCCGCGGGUGCUCCCCGCGCUGCUCGCGCUGUCGGUGCACGCGCCGCUGGCGGGGCCGCUGCCGGCGGCCUGGGCUGCCGGCUUCCAGCGCCUGGGCAGCUUCGUCCUUGUCAACGCCACGUGGCAGGCGCUGGUCGAGGUGGCGGGCAGUGGCAGCGACCGCGCGGCCGGCGCGGCCGGCGCGGCGGCGGCGGAGCCUGCGGCGGGGUGGUUGCGCCUGCCGCCGCAGUGGGCUUCUGGAUUCAAGGCUCUGCAGCUGCUGGACUUGGCCGGCGUGGGCUUGAGAGGCUCCAUCCCAGCAGCCUGGGUGGAGGGAGGCUUCCCCUCCCUGUCUGCCUUGAGUUUGAGUGCAGCCGGGCUGACGGGGACGCUGCCGCCGCAGCUGUUCCGCACCCAUCCGAGGCUCAGCACGCUCGUGCUGACUGGCAACCAGCUGAGCGGGCCGCUGCCAGAGGCCUGGGCCAACGACACAGCGAUCGACCGCCUCGUGCUCAACGACAACCGGCUGACGGGCCCCGCCUUCCCGCCCGCCUGGCUGGCGCCCGGGGCGAUGCCCCGCCUUACCCAGCUGGCGGUGAUGGGCAACCCCGGGAUCACAGGCUCCCUGCCACCUGGCCUUGCCUGGCCCCAGAUCCAAGAGCUGGAUCUGAGCGGCACCGCCCUCGCCGGCCCCAUCCCCGCCAGCUGGUGCCAGGCGCCGUUUGCCGCACACUUGGGCCGUGUGGAGAUCUCUCGCACUGCGAUCGACGCCUGCGUGCCGCCAUGCGCGUCGCGCAGCCUGCCGCAGCUGGUGCUGAAUGGAGCUUAUCCAACGCAGUGUGCCGAGGCCCAUCGCGGCCUCAGCACGGCGACGGUUGCCAGCCUGGCCACGCUGGUGCCCCUGGUGGCCGUGGCGGUGGGCGGCAGGCUGCUGUGGCGGCACAAGCUGCGCCGGCAUGGCCCCCUGGAGCGGCGGCGCCACGAAACGCUGGGUCUGCUGCACCAGCAGGGCGAGGCAGAGGGCGGCCAGGUGGGUGGCGCCUGGGUGGGCCGCGGCAAGCGGGCGCGGCUGACGGCCAUGCUGCGUGCCCAGCUGGGCAGCGACCGGCGCCGCGGCAUCGAAAUGCUGCCCAUAGAAGUGCUGCCCAGCGGCCUGGCCCACCAGCUGGGCUCGCUGCAGGGCCAGGAGCAGGAUGCAGGCUCAGAGGCAGAUCCCGGCAGGGGCCCGGCGGCAAAUGGCGCCAGGCACGGCGCGCGGGCGUGGCUGGGCGAAGCCGCGGCUGCCGCCCCUGCCAGCCAGCCCUGGGGCGCGGUGGCGCCAUCGCUGCGCAUGUCGGUAGGAGACCUGGAGUUUUCCUCAGGGCCCCAGGGGCAGCUGGUGGAGCUUGGGGAGGGGGCCCAUGCCGUGGUGUACCUCGCACGGCUGCAGGGGGUGGAGGUGGCAGUGAAGGUGUUUGAGCUGCAGCCGGGGCUCGACCCGCACACGGCGUGGCGGGAGGUGUCGCUGCUGCGCCAGUGCGCCCACGCUCGCAUCGUGCCGCUGUUUGGAGUGGCGCUCAGGGGCUCGCUGCUGAUGCUGGCGAUGGAGCUAAUGCGGGGAGGCAGCCUGCGGGUGGCGCUGCAGGAUGCAGAGCUGCAGCAGCGCCUGCGCUGGGAGGCGGGUGGCCGGCAGGUGGCGCUGGAUGUGGCGGAAGGGCUGCACCACCUCCACACAACACAGCGAGUCAUGCACAGCGACCUGAAGUCAGGCAAUGUGCUGCUGAGCGAAGACCUGCGUGCCUUCCUUGGCGAUAUGAGUGUGGCUCAGGUGGUGGGCAGCAAGGCGCGCAGCGCAGCGGGCUUCUGCUGCACGCACGCAGCCCCCGAGCAGCUGAUGGGGUACCGCUGCACCCUGGCGGCCGACAUGUACGGCUUUGGCAUCCUGCUGGUGGAGCUGACCACUCAGUGCGUGGUGGACAGGCGCGGCGAGUGGCGCCUGCCGCGCGUGCCCGACGAGUGCCCUCAGGCGGUGCUGGAGCUGAUAGAGGAAUGCGUCGUGGCCGACCCGCUGCGCCGCUGCACGGCGGCCGAGGCGCUGCGGCGGCUGGAGGCCACGCCCGAAGGCAGGACACCACCCUCAGCCUCCUGA